AGAUAUCUAUCUUAAGGCCGCAGAUUCCUGGUAAUAUAUUAAGCCAUUUAGCUUUUAAAAGAAUUCUUUGACCUGCAUAAAUUUCAAUACAUUUAAAAGCGAGUAAUUUGGUCUGUCAUUAGGUUUGAAUGUCAUAUAUUAUAGUAUUAUACUAUGGUCUAGUUUUAGAUUGAGAAAGCCAAUCUAUUCAAACCAAUAUCAGUGACACUUGAGUUUGUUACGUUUGACCAUUAUUUUCAGUUGAUGGAAACAUUGUCUGUGAUCAACAUAGAUAAUGAUGGAAUGGCAUCGAAGAUAACAUCAUAUCAGAAGCGAUUGGUAAUUGAAAGCGAAGACGGCAAUAUGACGCCACAUACUGUUACUUUUAUGCACAAGGUUUCCAAAGUUUUACCAAAGGUUCACGUUCCAAUUGUUCAUAUUGAAGACGCAUCAAAGUUUGACUACCACAUUGUACAGAUGAAAAAGGCUGAUGAUGAUCUCUUCAUUAAUGUUGAACCUAUGCCAGGCAUAGAAGCGACAUACAAUGUUUACAUUUUAUUUACGAAUGGUGACAAUCAUGUAUCGAAAAAGGACUAUACAGCAAUGACACAAAGCACUCCGCCAAAUUAUAUUGCACAUUUCCCGUCGACAGUUAUGGGCUCACAUACAGGAGUUUGGCAGAUAGGCAUAGAAACAGUACUGAAAAACACAAAUUGGAGGGAUGUAGAUGUCACAGACGUACAAAGUUCUAAUGGUUCUUAUCUAGACUUUCCAACAUUUAAACUUGCAACUGUUAGUGCAGGCUGUAUGACUUGGAACGAAGCGUUGAAGUCUUGGGGUACAAAGGAUUGUCAAGGGACUUGGAUUAAAGCAACAAGUGAGCUUCAAUGCAAAUGCAAAGCCAGCAAAGAGAUGACAUUUGCCAAUUCAUUUUACGUAGCACCAAAUAAAAUAGACUACAAGACGGUUUUCCUGAAAUUUUCUCCUUUAAGUCAAGCUGCUGUAAUUGGUGUUUUGUUUGUGAUAUUCACCUCUUAUUUCAUUAUCCUUGCCUGGGCAACACAUAGAGACAAAACAGACAUACUUAAGUGGGGUAUUACAACACUGAAUGACAACUUUGCAGAUGAUAAUUAUUUUUACGUGAUUAAAGUGUUCACUGGAAUGCGUCCUAAUUCCGGGACUAGAUCACGUGUAAGCAUUAUUAUAGGUGGAGAAGAAAUGGAUACUGGAGUUAGACAGCUAGAUGAUGGUGUGAGAAAGGAGUUUCCUACAGGUAGUGUUUUACAGUUUCUGAUGUGUACACCCCGGUACCUUGGUGAUUUAGUUUAUAUACGAGUCUGGCACGACAACUCUGGCUUAAGGAGGCAUGCAUCAUGGUAUUUGAGCAAAGUUGAGAUUGAAGAUAUUCAACGAAACGAAAAGUUUACCUUUCUUGCCGGAAAAUGGCUUGCCAUUGAUGAAUCUGACGAAAGGCUGGAUUGUGUAAUUCCUGUGAGCAAAGAUGAAAACAUGAACAAAUUUAAAUUUCGGGUCAUCCACAAUGCAAAAGAAAAUAUUGCAGAAAGUCAUGCGUGGUUGUCCGUUGUGUACCGACCACAGACAAGCAAUUUUACUAGAAAACAGCGGGCAUCAUGCGCUCUUAUGUUUAUUAUGCUUUCAUUGAUUGCCAAUGCAAUGUUUUUCAAAGGUUCAAAUGAGGAUAAUUACGAACUACCAACUGACUUUGAAGUCGGUCCUUUAAGGAUUUCUUUACAUCAGGUUUACCAAUCAUUAAUUUCCGGCCUUGUGGUCACGCCAGCAACAUUGCUCGUGAUUUAUUUGUUUAAGUUAUCAAGAUAUUAUCCUGCAAAUAAAAACAAGCCAUUAUUUGAUAAACGAAGAAAAACGUCGCGUGAUUUUAGAAUACCAUUCUUUGACGCGUGGUUGGACAAGGAGAAAAAGCGGAAUAUAGAACUGGAAAGGAAAAUCAUUCAGAAAGGGUAUCCAGAAAUGAAGGUAGAAAUUUGCAAUAACUAUUAUAGAGAUAAAGGGGUUCACCUUGCCAAAUCAGUGCAUAUACCUGGCAUGGUUUCUUCUUGUCUCAGCGACUCUUGUCUCGGCAUUUUAUGUAGUCUUGUACAGUAUGGAAUGGGGUAA